UCUAAAUGGGUUGAGGUUCACAUUAUGUUUCUUUGUGAAAUGCACACAGGUGUGAUUGCAGCGGUGAUGGAGUGGCGUCAGCAGUCUGCAGUCAGCUGCGAGCUGGCGUUCCAGGAGGCGCAGAGAUGGCUUGAGGAAGUGACGAAAAAGGGUUUUGGAAGUAAAAGCUUUCGCGUGGCCUUAGAGGACGGGGUCCUUCUGUGCGAUCUGAUCAACACAUUGAAGCCGGGCAUCAUUAGACGAGUGAACCGGCUCUCCACUCCCAUUGCAGGCUUGGACAACGUGAAUGUGUUUCUCAAGGCUUGCGAGAAGCUAGGGCUUAAUGAAGCACAGCUCUUCCAUCCUGGAGAUCUGCAGGAUGUGUCCACACGUGUGACCGUCAGACAUGAAGAGACAAGCAGGAGACUGAAAAACGUUUUGAUAACUAUAUACUGGUUGGGGAGGAAGGCCCAGUCUGAUCCGUUUUACACUGGACCACAGCUGAAUCUAAAAGCCUUUGAAGGUUUGCUGGGAACAGCAUUAUCUAAGGCUCUGGAGGAGUCUGUGCAGUCCAAGUCGAGUGUGAGGGACAGUGGGUACGCGGAGGGCUGGUUCUCUGACAGGGAGGAUCUGUUCAGUCUGAAGCAGGCAGGCUACAGGAGAGAGGACUCCGUCGAGAGCCUGGACUCAGUGGAGUCUCACACACUUAGUGUGGCUUCAGACUGCACACUUACAGCCGGCAGUGAAGGUUGCUGUAGUGACGCAGAAGCGGGGCAUUGCUUCAGGAUGGCAGAAGGCAGUAAAAGUGAUGUCCCCAUCAGGGAAAGAGUGCAUGUCCCAUCUGCCCUGAGGAAGAAAAGGCAGGAAUACCAGCAGGGAGGCAGGAGUUAUGCAGUCAACCUCACUAGUGAAAGUGGGAGGUGCUUAUGCCACGACCUCCCUCCUGCUUCUGCCUUCCUCCAAUGGGCAAGCAGUUACCAGAGUGACAGUGACUCUGAUGCUGAUCGCCCUGAACCAGACCUUGUGCAGGACGACCUAGCGAGUCGCAGAUUUCGCUCCGUAACCUCCAUGGCCCCUGUGAACUUUGCGAUCCCUUCAAAGCCUCUAGGACCCACGGUGGCCCCUAUGGUGACUCCAAGUGCUAGGAAGUCAUGGCUCACCUUGUCAGAUGCCUCACGGCUGGCCGCACUGCCACCCCAGAGAUCAAACCAGAGCGUGUCAUCCAUUCCCUCUGUAAAUGGACGGGCAGACUUUGAAACAGUCACUUUGGAGGAAGAGUUUCUUCAGCGAGCCCUAAACAAUGGCACGAGUGACUCUGAUGAGGAGCGAGGAAAUGCCGAUCCGGUGCUGGAUGACCUUUACGCCCGUCGGGUGCUCGUCUCGGAGCAUCAAACCUCCAUCAAUGCCAAUUCAGACAAGUUCCUGCCCAAAUAUUGGACACCUGAGGAAGAUCUACAUGUGAAAAAGAUCAGGCUAGGAUCCCAGCGCAGACCAUGGUAUAAGAAGAUGCAGGGCUUCAGAAGUAAAUCUAUGGGUGACAUCCCACUGGAGCCCAUUCCACAGGAGUCUGACACCUGCUUCAGUUUUGACCAGCUGGAGUCACAGCACAGUCACCAGGGGUCUGUUGGAGAGGUGACCCUUGACCCCUCAGCCAUACAGAGAGUUCAGCACGAGCAGCUACAGAGCAUCCGGGCCAGAAUAAAGGAAGGUGAAGCCAAGUGGCAUGAGGAUCUGAACAGGUGGAAGAGCCGGCGGUGGAGUGCAAACUCUGACCUCCACAAGAAGUUUGGGGAGAGGGAGCAGAUUGAACUGAUCAGCAGUGGGGGAGGAAGCAGUGCCAUCAGGACCUCACAGCUCACAGAGGUGCCAGAGGAGAGCUCCAACAUGCCUGGACCCAUGAGUGAUGCGGGCUCCAGUGUCAGCAGUACUGGGUGGUCCACCACCUGGGCUUCACCCCUCACGUACGGGACAUCUUCUGCUCUGACCGGAGGCACUGAUGCAGAGACUACUGACUCGGCUGUUAAAUUCUUCACCCCUCCAUCAGCUGUUGUCUCUGAACAGAGUUCACUGACCAGCCUGGCUACCAUGGAUCCAGAACCAUACGAGUGGCAGGGUCCAGACUUCAGCUGCCGUGCGAGCCUCCUGGAGAGCUUUUAUGCAGGUGGAGCACGCGUAUCUGCCACUCUACCCAGAGGUUUCAGAAGGUCAGAAAGUUCCUCGCGCCUCUCCACGGGUGUCACACCACGUCCAUUUGGAGCCAAACCCUCCAGAGUGUCUUCAUUGCCCAGAUCAUAUUCAAUGGACGACUCUUAUAAAAGCGUGAUCAGUGGGAACAGAGACCAUUCAAUCAUACCCUCUUUUCUUAGUGGUCAAGGAAGCGUUACAGCCUCUGCUGACACGGGCCACUUUCGUUCAAGCACUCAUCCAAUCAAGAAGGAAGAGAGAAGAGAUGGAAGGUUGUCAGUGCCUCCAAUUAACUUGUUUGUCACUAAAGUGACAACGGCCGCCUCCAAUGUACAAACAUCUCCUGUUGUCUCUGAAACCAGGGAUUUUAAGGUGGGUCAAAGUGAAAUGCGAGUCUGUUUGAAUCAGAAGCCAAACAGUGGGAGAGACUUUGGAUUCAAGGCUCACUGGGACUCAACUGGUGCUCGUGUGAAAUCUGUUCAACCUGGCGGCCCAGCAGAGUUGUGUGGUCUGCUGAUGGGUGAUGAGAUUGUGGCACUGGGUGGAUGCAGGGUGGCUGAAAUGAAUUAUGAGCAGUUUAAGGGCAGUAUGAACACAGCACAUCAAAAGGGCACUUUACUGAUGGACAUCCGACGACACGGCCAGAAUGACUGGGGCAGUGACCAACCUUCCCUACCGUACAAGAGCCAUAAGACCAUCAAUUUGACCAGUGCCAAUUCAACACUUGUAGGGCGGCCCGAGCAGUAUGUCUCGAUUAGCACAACCUCUCCAGUGGAGACCAUGGUGAAGACACAAGUCAACGGACAGCCUGCUAAUGGAGUUCUAUCUAAAAUGGUAAAUGGACGUAUCCAGGACAAUCCAGUUUCUCUAAGAAACAAAGGUGGCUCGGAGUCUGCCAUCUCUGAUCUGCAGGUUCCCUCCAUCAGUACCACGUCCUCUCGCUGGUCAUGGGAUCAUGAGGAGGAGAGGCGGAGACAGGAGAAAUGGCAGAUGGAACAAGAGCGCCUUCUGCAGGAGAAGUAUCGCCGUGAUCAGGAGAAGUUGGAGGAGGAGUGGAGGAGAGCUCAGCAGGAGGUCUAUGGAGAGGAGCACAGUGGUACUGAGGAGCAGAAGUGCACUGAUGUGCCAUCAAAUGGAAACGCUACUUAUAUUCAAUCGCCCUUCUUCAACCAAUCCAUUGCUACCACUUCAGUGGCAUCCAAUCAGAAUGCAGAGAAGGUGGAAGCAACACAGAACAGACAGACCACUGUGCAAACAGCAGCAGCACAGCAGUCACUAAAGACAGAAGUGGAGUGUGAUUCAACCACAAAGAGUCAGUGCUCUGAGGUGUCCUAUGGGUUUGCCAAGCUUACAGUUUCAGACAGGAAAAAGUCCAAAUCUACCCCUGCACUUCAAGGCCUUUACAAACAAGAUGCUAAAGCAGGAAGCGGUCAAAAGAAGGGACAGCUGUCACAGGCAGAAACGGAACGUCUGCAGAUCUUGGAAGAGAUGAGGAAGAAGACGCAGCUCCUCACUGACAACAGUUGGAUCCGUCAGCGCAAUGCUAGCAUCAACAAAGAGCCCAUCACUGUGGGAACAUCAAUCAGGAGAUAUGAAUCUCUGGACAACCUCCACUCAACCAGCUCCUCCUGGUUUAGGCAGUCCUACUCUUCAAGUCUCUCAAACAGGCCCCAUUCUGCUUUGGGGAACACUGGCUCUUACAGGAGUGGACGCAGCAGCCUGGGCCCUGAUUCAGCCAUCUUCUCUACUGCUCUGAAGCAGAGCUCCUUGUUUGCCUCCAACUACCCCACUCCACCAAUCACAGCUACACCUGAGCCAUCGGGCCCUAAGUCAUGUCAAAACUCUCAACAACAUGGCAGGCUGGUCAGUGGCAGGCGGAUGUGCUCAAGGUGUGAGCAGCCUCUGGGGAAGGGAGCUGCCAUGGUCAUCGAUUCCCUGGAGCUCUGCUUUCACAUUGGUUGCUUCAAGUGUGUCAGCUGCAGGACUGACCUUGGAAGAGGGUCUGAGUCCGGAGCUCAGGUCAGAGUCCGACACAGACAGCUCUUCUGUAACACCUGCUACAGCAGAAUCAGAGUCUGUUCCUCCAUCUCCAAGUGACUUGAAUGCAUUGCAACAGAUCGAAGAGGAGUGUACCACAGAAGCAACCUCAGGAACCAUUAGCACAACCUAACCACUGCAGCAGGCUUUAUCCACUGCUUGCUUUCAUUGCUUUGACAAUCAGUAUAUAGAGACUGAUAUUUCUGGGAUUGUUCUCAUAGUAUGACCGCUACAUAGUGACAGGUUUGGGCAUGUUAUUUUGAUCACUUCUGAUACCCCUGAGGUUGUUUCUGUACUGGCUGACAUCCAUGUAGUAGGAUGUAAUGCUGAACAGUUAUGCAUUCCAUGUGGCAAGUAAUAACAUGUCGAAUGACUUCUAAGAACUGUUUUAUAUGUUCUAUUGUGAAGUCCUUUCUGAGACUCCUCUCAUAUCUUUAAUAUAAGCUUUCCUCAUAAUUAUUUAAUAAAUGUUCUAGCACACUUUAUCUGGGUAUCAAGCACCCCUGAUAACCUGGUUACCCCCCCCCCCCCUACCCAUUGGUAGAAAUCACAUAGUGGUGAUGGUGCAGGGGUUUAAGUCAUUGUUCUGUAAGUGUUAAUUAGGAGGAAUCUUAUUAUGCAACAUUUUUAAACAAGCUGCUUCAUAGAAAUGCAUUUGAUCCGUCAUACUUACAGAUGUUGAAAUGUAUUCUUCAGUAAGUGGCACUCUGGUUGUAACCAACAUUUUUAUCUCUAUUUAGAUGCAAUGUUCUGCCUGUCAGGAGGCCUGCACACAGAGGUUGUAUUGCAUAUAAUUGUAAAAUCAAAUUUCCUGGGAUGCUUCUUUCCAAGCCCCUCUGCCAGAUGUUUCUGUUUGACGUUUACGUGACUUUCUCCUUGUAUGACAUAGCCUAGAUAAAACUGGCUAAACAAGUUAAAUUAAGUGUUGCCAUGGAAAUAAAGCUAACUUUUAAAUGGAAAA